UUUCUUCUGCUGUGCUCGCAGUCAUGCUACCCUCCUCUCUCUCUCUCUCUCUCUGUCUCUCUCUCUCUCUCUCUGACAAUGGCGUUCUCUUCUCUGUCUGCCUAUUAUCAUCUUAGCUCCUCUUGUUCGAAGACUAAUUGUAACGAUAAUAAUAGAAAUGUCAACGUUAAGCUGUUCUCUUCUCUUUUAGCUUCGCCCAUUAGCUUGUCUUCAAACCCCAAACUUUCUCUGCAAUUCUUUCACCAGAAACACUCCCCACUUGUUCCCUUAACUCCCAGACGCCUCUCAGUCAUUGCAAUGGCUCCCCCUAAGCCAGCUGGGAAGGCCAAAAAAGUCGUUGGGUUGAUAAAGCUGGCUCUAGAGGCAGGGAAGGCAACUCCCGCUCCUCCUGUGGGUCCAGCGCUUGGUGCUAAGGGUGUCAACAUUAUGGCUUUCUGUAAAGAUUACAAUGCCAAAACCGCUGAUAAAGCUGGUUAUAUCAUUCCUGUUGAAAUUACCGUCUAUGAUGAUAGAAGCUUCACUUUCAUUUUAAAGACACCACCUGCCUCAAUUCUGCUGCUUAAGGCUGCAGGCGUGGAGAAAGGUUCUAAAGACCCAAAGAGAGAGAAAGUGGGUAAGAUCACAAUUGAGCAAUGUCGUGCAAUAGCUGCUGAAAAGCUACCGGACUUGAAUUGCACCACAAUUGAAUCAGCAAUGAGAAUUAUAGCAGGCACUGCAGCUAACAUGGGGAUUGAUGUUGAUCCUCCUGUUCUUGAACCCAAAAAGAAGGAAAUCUUGUAAUCUUGUUAAUUUGUUAUGACUAAGUGGUUAGUGAAUGAUAUAGAUAGCCCUUUGCAUUGUAAUUGAUAGGAAUCAUCAAAUCAACAAUACAACAGUUAUUUCCUCUCUCUAA